AUGCUCUUCAGCAAGUCAUUCAUUGCCGCCGCCGCGGCCAUCAGCCCGGCCCUGGCUCAUUCUUCUUCACAGACAACCACAAGUGCCUCGCCACUCCUUGGACUCAACCUGUACUGGGGACAGUAUGGCCAGCCUACCGACCGCCUCUCAACCUACUGUGACGCUCCCGGCGUCACCUCCGUCUCUCUGUCCUUCGUCACAUACUCCCCCAAGAACAGCGCUGGAUACCCCGGUACCAACUUCGCCGGCCACUGCGGCGGCGAAGUCUACUACAAGAAUCCCAAGACUGGCGAAGACACCAAGUUGAUCAUGAACUGUGACUACGUCAAGAAGGAUAUUCAGUACUGUCAGGCUAAGGGCGUCAAGAUUCUCCUUGCUAUUGGUGGCUACUGCCCUACCGGAGGUCCCUGCAGCUACGACAUUGAUAGCGAGCAGGACGGUCAUGAGUUCGGUGAUUUGUUGCACAAGACUUUUGGUCCUUACGAUCAAAGCUGGAAUGGACCUCGUCCUUUUGAUAUCAGCGAGACCGAGCACAUUGCUGUCGAUGGUUUCGACUUUGACCUUGAGUUCAAGUACCCCGACCAAAAGCCCUGGAUCAAGAUGGUUGAGAAGCUCCGCAGCUGUGGAAUCUACCACAUUUCUGCUGCUCCUCAGUGCCCGACGUCAGACACCUGGUUCCAGCUCAAGGAGCUCAUCUACAACGCCCAGUUCGAUUCCCUCUUCAUCCAGUUCUACAACAACCCGGGCUGCCAAGUCACCGACACCCCCAACUACGACGACUGGGAGACGGUCAUUUCUCAGACCUCCAAGAGCAAGGAUGCGAAGCUCUACAUUGGCGUCCUCGCCAGCGUCGAGUCCGGAUGGAACGGUUAUGCUCCUCCUUCCACCAUCAAGGAUUUGAUCUGCAAGUACCAGAGCAAGCCGCACUUUGGAGGUGUUUCUAUCUGGGAUGCUACCCGUGGCGCCAUCAACCAGAUCAACGGCCAGUCGUUCCACGAGGCCAUUGCUGAUGCUCUCAAGUACGGUUGCAACCCCAUCCCUGCCAAGACCUCCACCAUCAGCGUCUCGACUUCGACUUCGUCCUUGAUGUCUUCCACCAGCACCUCUUCUGCCAUCGUUUCCACCACUUCGACAAGCUCCAGCUCCAGCUCCGCGUCCUCGAGCUCCAGCCAGUCCGCGUCGGCAUCCGUUUCUGCUUCUGCCUCAGCCUCUGCUUCCGCGUCGGCCACUGGCUCAGCAUCAGCGUCUGCAUCAGUCUCUGCCUCCGCCUCUGUCUCCGCUUCUGGCUCCGCUUCUGGCUCAGUAUCAGCGUCGGUGUCGGCAUCAGCAUCGGCAUCUGGCUCGGGAUCUGCAUCCGCUUCUAUCUCAGCGUCUGCUUCCAUGUCCGUAUCCUCCUCGGCCUCGGCCUCAGCUUCUCUCACCUUCUUUGGCAACUCUUCGGCGUCCGCCACCGGAUCUGCUUCGUCUCGCAUCAUAACAUCCUUGAGCGCCAACGCCACUGCCACUGCCAGCGCUUCGGCGACCAAGUCUGCUACUGUCUCC